AUGGGCCAGGACGAGCCCACAGAGGAUGACCUCCUGGAGCUGUUUCAGACACUCGAUGUGGAUAAGAAUGGAUCGCUGGACGUGCAAGAAAUGCAGGCGGCCCUCCGGCAGCUGGGCCUGCCAGCCGGCGCCUCUUACAUCUCUGACCUGCUGACCCAGUACGACAGGGACAAGAACCGGGAGGUCCAAUUUUCGGAGUUCAAGAGCUACGUUCUGUCCAAGGAGAAGCGUAUCCGGGCGGUGUACCGGGACAUCGACAGCGACGGCGACGGGCAGCUGGAUGCGGGGGAGGUGCACCGGGCGGCCACCGCGCUGGGGCUGAGCGUGGCGCCGGCUGAGGCGGAGAGGAUGGUUGCGAUGCUGGACAGCAACAAGGACGGUCGAAUCAACUACGCAGAGUUCCGGCGCUUCGUGGUGCUGCUGCCCGGCGCCCAGGUGCGGCACACCAACAUCCUGUCGGCCUGGAUCGACUCCGCCUCCUGGCUCACCAGUAUGGAAUACCGGCUGGGGCACGUGCCGCCCAGCCAGCCCCUGGAGCGGCUGCUGGCCGGCGGCGUGGCGGGCGCGGUGUCGCGUACCGUGGUGGCGCCCCUGGAGCGGCUGCGCACCAUCAUGAUGGCGGACCCAAGCGCCACCCGCCUGGGCCCGGUGCUGCGCCGCAUGUGGGCCGACGGCGGGCCCCGCGGCCUCUUCAGGGGCAACCUGGCCACGGUCAUGAAGGUCUUCCCUUCCAGCGCCAUCCAGUUUGCGACGUAUGAUGCCUGCAAGGACGUCAUGCUCCAUUACAGCGGCCGGGGAGCCGGCGACUUGAGCACUUACCAGAAGCUUCUGGCCGGGAUGGUUGCCGGCGGGACGGCGUGCACCGCAACCUACCCCCUAGAAGCGCUCAGGCACGUGCUAACCCAGGUCUCUGUGGCGCAGGGCAGAGCCGCCGGCGGGUAUCUUGCCGCGCUGCGGGGCACGUGGGCAGACCGGGGGCUGCAGGGGCUGUACCAGGGUUACACAGCGGGCUUAGCAAACAACUCCAUUGCUAUGGCUCUGGCCUUUGCCAGCUACGAGGCGCUGUGCACGGGCUAUGCCCGCCUGCGCGGCGCGCAGCCAUCGGCGGGCGAAAAGGGGAUGCUGGGAGGCAUGGCGGCGGUGGGCGUCAUGGCAACCACGAUGCCGCUAGAAAACGUGAUGCGGCGGCUGCAGGUGCAGGGCCGGCCGGGCUUCCCCCGCCUCUACUCGGGGCCCCUGGACUGCGCUGCAAAGAUGCUGCGGCAGGAAGGCGUGGCCUCCCUGUGGCGCGGCAGCCUUGGGCUGCUGUACGAAUCCUUCGUGGAGCUCCGCGGCAUCGGCGGCGUGCGGCGGUACCGUGUGGGAGAGUGA